UUAUGUUCUUGGUAGAUUCGAAAUCAAGACUGCAUGAGUUAGAUCUGCCAUUUACUUAUUCAUCAGUUAACAAUUGGAGAUAAUAUAUUUGUUGAAUUUUUGGUAAUAAAGAAAACGUUACAUUAAUUAAUAACCGAAACAAUUUCCGGUCAAACUAAACAGUUGUCGAUAUAAAAGAAACCGCGGAUGAACUCUUUCAUGGACGUUGAUUCAAAGCGACAAGUUGGAAGUGAAUAUCAUACUGUGCUAGGCUAGAGACCAGGAACGCAAAUGAGAAGACUGAUUUAAAGGUACGUUUUUAGAAAGCUAAAAAUAUAUUUUAUUCUAAAAAUGGAGUUAAAUAAAGGCGCGUUAUAAAGUAUUAUACUCAACGAUGUUGUUGCAUAAACUGUGCGUUAAUGUGUUUACAUGAUGUCUCGACAGGUUUUUAUUUUUUAGAAGGCCCUCCCGGAGCCUUUUACGUCUUCAUGUAACUACCAUGAGUGCAGCCACGUUUGGUGUGAUUGCAGCUGCAUCGAUUGCCAGCAACGCUCUGUUUUGUUUUCUGAUGUACAAGAGGCCUGUUUUGUUGAAAAAACCUCACAAUAUCCUAUUGCUGAGUUUAGCUACGAUAGAUAUGAUGACAGGGGUCGCUAUUUUCGUGACACCGCUGUUUCAAAUCACCAAAGAUCCAUUUCUCGGCAGCUGGACUGGAUAUAUUUUCUGCUACCUGUUUGCAAAUAGUUUCUUUGUAUUUUUUCUUAGCAAAGCGUCCAUCUUGACUGUCACAUUGUUAGCCUUGGAACGAUGGUUUUCUGUUAUACGACCAUUUAGGUACAAAGUGUUUUUUUCCAAAAAAAUGUUGUUAAUAUAUGUGGUCUUUAUUUUCGUUUUAAGUUCUGUUCCGCAAAUUUAUAGAUUCUUCCGAGUUAAAUUUAAAGAUAACGGGUGCGUACGUGUUUUGAAGCCCGGGCGAGAAGUUUUUGUGUUAUGUUACGUCAUUGGGACUUUUCUACUUCCGUCAUUGAUUACCUGGGCUUCUUUUAUCCAUAUUUGGUAUCGAAUCAAAUCAUCUCCGUCAUUAAUUGGCAGGACAGAGCAGGCGCAAGUAAAAGAAAGGUUGCUGUUGCGCAUGUGUGCAAUAACAGCCACUGUCCUUACAGUUUGCUGGCUCCCCAUUCAGCUCUUUUAUGUUUUAAGUUCCUUUCACGUUAUUCGUGGUCGAAAUGGAGCAAAUAUUUACUUGAUAUUGUCUAUGUCAAACUCUAUAGUUAAUCCGUGGAUUUACUUUCUCAGCAACAAAGAAUAUAGAAAAGCGUUUCUCUCUAUACAUUGGAUCUGCAAGAAAUCUUCGCAAGUCUCUCCUGAAAGGUCAAUUCCAGAAACUGAGACUCAGAUAGAGCAAGAGAACUCUGUGUAAUUAAAACCUCAAAUGAAUGGGAAUCCUGUAAAGACCUGUAAAUUAUUUUACUAACCUAGUAUAGAUAAUUAUCCUGUCGUUUUGCCCAGGGUUGUUGUUCGUGGAACAACCAAAAAUAAACUGAUAUAUGUAUAUAGCUAUGUUAUCAGGUGCAUCAAUUAUAAACAGAAGUAUAUUCUUUGAACACCCUGGCAACUCUCCUUUGGAAUAAGAAUUGGAGACAAGGAAAAUGAGUUUGGAAUGACAACAUACGCCCUGUAUCAUCUCCAGGCAUGUUUUUAUUUGUCGAUAAUGUACAAUAUCAGGGGUUUUUCAAUUCACUCUUGUAAUGUCAGCGACGCCCAGUUUUGUUUGGUGAUAAAAAAUAAAAUA